GGCUCCAUCUGUUCUCUCUGCACACAUUCGGAUUCGGAUUCUCUUCCCACACACUGAAACUCCCUUCUCUUCAUCCGAUCCCUCAGAUUUCACAAAACCCUUCAACCAUGGCGGCGGAGACCCUCACCCAUCAGAAUGGCGUAGUCGAUAACUCUAAUCCCGCCACCGCCAAAAAGUCACGGGAGAGCGAGCGACGCCGCCGCCGCCGUAAGCAGAAGAAAAACAACAAAUCAUCUGAAGAAUCCGAGCCUAAAACCGCUGAAGAUAAUGACGACGCCAAGGAAAACACUGAUCCGAAGCAGGUUGUGGAACAAGUUGAAAUUGAGUAUGUGCCGGAGAAGGCGGAGCUAGAUGAAGGCAUGGAUGAAGAAUUUAGAAGAAUCUUUGAGAAGUUCAGUUUCAGUGAUGUCGCUGGUUCUGAGGAUACUGAUAAGAAGGACGAGUCAGCAGAAAAUGCAGCUAUUAAAAAGAAGGCUGAUUCUGAUUCUGAUGAAGAUGAAGAAGAAAACGAUAACGAGCUAAAAGAGAAAGGCGGCGUCUCAAACAAGAAGAAAAAGCUUCAACGGAGGAUGAAAAUUGCUGAACUGAAACAAAUUUGCUCAAGGCCUGAUGUUGUUGAGGUGUGGGAUGCUACUGCAUCAGACCCAAAGUUGCUGGUGUUUUUGAAAUCUUAUAGGAACACUGUACCUGUGCCUAGGCAUUGGAGUCAGAAGAGAAAAUUUUUGCAGGGGAAACGAGGUAUUGAGAAACAGCCCUUUCAGCUUCCUGAUUUCAUUGCUGCCACUGGAAUUGAGAAAAUCAGACAGGCUUAUAUUGAGAAAGAGGACAGUAAAAAGUUGAAACAAAAACAAAGGGAACGCAUGCAACCAAAAAUGGGGAAAAUGGACAUAGACUAUCAGGUUCUUCAUGAUGCAUUUUUCAAGUACCAGACAAAGCCAAAACUAACUUCUCUUGGGGAGCUGUAUCAUGAAGGAAAAGAAUUUGAGGUUAAGUUGAGGGAGAUGAAACCUGGCAUGUUAUCACAUGAAUUGAAAGAAGCUCUUGGUAUGCCUGAAGGUGCCCCUCCUCCGUGGCUUAUUAAUAUGCAGAGAUACGGCCCUCCACCAUCAUACCCUUCCCUGAAGAUUCCUGGACUGAAUGCUCCCAUCCCCCCGGGAGCUAGCUUCGGUUAUCAUCCUGGUGGAUGGGGCAAGCCUCCAGUUGAUGAAUAUGGACGCCCACUGUAUGGAGAUGUUUUCGGUGUUCAACAACAAGAUCAUCCUAACUAUGAGGAAGAGCCAGUUGAUAAGACCAAACACUGGGGUGAUUUGGAGGAGGAAGAGGAAGAAGAGGAAGAAGAGGAGGAGGAGGAAGAAGACAUGGAGGAGGAGGAUCUUGAAGCUGGUAUUCAGUCUGUUGAUAGUCUCUCAAGCACUCCCACUGGGGUGGAGACACCUGAUGUUAUUGAUCUUCGGAAGCAACAGAGAAAGGAGCCUGAGAGGCCUCUUUAUACGGUACUUGAAGAGAAGGAAGAAAAAAUUGCUCCAGGAACUUUGCUUGGAACCUCGCACACUUACGUGGUUGGCACUGGCACCCAGGACAAGUCAGGUGCUAAAAGGGUUGAUUUGCUUAGAGGACAGAAGUCAGAUAAAGUGGAUGUCACUUUACAGCCUGAAGAGCUGGAAGCAAUGGAAAAUGUUUUGCCUGCGAAGUAUGAAGAAGCAAGGGAAGAAGAGAAGAUGCGCAGUCAGCGUGAAGAUUUUAGUGACAUGGUUGCAGAGAAUGAGAAAAAGAGAAAAAGAAAAAUGCAAGAAAAGGAUGGCAAGUCGAAGAAGAAGGACUUCAAGUUUUAGGGCGCGCAGUUACUUUUUCCUUUCCUUGCAAAUGGCCAUUGGGGACGCGCUAACCUUUCCUCUCAUGCAAUUCUCUCCUUCCCAUGAAAAGAGAAUUUGUUUAACUCAACUGUAUUUCAUUAUUAUUCUGAAAGUAAGCAAUCACUAUUUUAGGUAGGAACCUAUACAUGAGUAAAUGAUAUAAUACAAUGAAAACCCUAAUCAGAAGAGUAGUAGGCGCUUUGGUUGAAAAUUCAAUGCUAUUGAGUCCGUGUUAAAACUUUGCUAGUGAUUGUUAAGUCUUAGUGAUUAUGCUGCAGCAGAUAGAUAACCGGCAUGGAUGUUUUUUGGAGCAACCAGUGUCUUAAUUAGAUUUGUGAAAUUAUUCUCACCGGUGGCCUCGGAUAUUUGUACUUUCCAUUUUCUAUUUUAAUGACUGAUCUAGUUUUGUACCGGAAGAUCAAA